UGUAAAUCAAAAUUUUUAAUGACAUAAUGUAAAGCAACAAUAAUAAAAAGUUUAAAUCCAAUAAAAAAUCGUGUGAAAAGGGUUCUAUUGUACUCUUCAACUUUUGCGUAAAGAAGCAAGUACUGAUAUAUUUUACGUGAUGUCUACGUGCACAUGUAAAUAAUCUAUUGUUUUGCAUUUUGAAAAUACAAAAAAUGGCUUGUAAUUCUUGUUUUAAGGCAUUUUCUAUAUUCCGACAAGAGAAAGGUUGUCCAAAUUGUGGGUUCAGCUAUUGUUCAAAAUGUUUGAACUACAAAAUGUUUGUAAAAAAAGUCAACGAAGAAAAAAAGGUUUGUCUAAAAUGCUCACGUCUGUCAAUAAAUAAAUCAGAUAAAGCACAUGUCAUUCCUCCUGAUGCUUUUAAUAGGAAUAAUGCCUUAUCCAAAGACAAUUCCAGUACUUCCAAACAAAAUAAUGUUGAAACCAAUAGUAUUGAUGAAGAAAUUAAAGAAAGACUGAAGAAAUUAAAACAAUCUGCUCCAUCAAAUAUUGAAGUUAGUAAUAAGGAUAUAGCAGAAAGAUUACAGCAAUUAAAACAAGAUUCUGUCAGUUCUAAUGAUGUUAAAUUAAAUCCAAGUCUAGCAUCAGCAAGUGGUUUAUCUGUUACAGUUCUGGAUGCCAAGAAGAAGAGAAGUGAACAAGAGGAAGUUAAUGAUUUACUAGUGGAGCUGGAGGCGAAAUCUAAAAUCGACACAAAAUAUAAUGAAGAUUUUGAUAAUAAACUUUCCGAAAUUGAGAUGAGAUUGCAAAAAUUACGAAGUUCCAACACAAAUACUGACAUUGGACAAACAUUAAAAAAUAAUGUACCAGAUAAUGAACAAACAUCCAGCCAAAUAUUAGGAAAGCAAAUAAAAACUGAGCAAGAGGAACUUAAUGAUUUGUUAAAAGAAUUGGAGGAGGAAUCAAAAAUGGAGGCUCAAAUUAACAAUGAUUUUGUAAUGAAACUAAAUGAUCUUGAGAAGAGAUUGAAUAAUUUAAAGAAAUCUCAACCAAGUACUGAUGAAGAUGCAAAUGUAAAACAUAAAGACAGUCCAAAUGAACAAACAGUAUUAAGAGAAAUUUUAGGAAAGAUACAAUUAGAUGUAACUGGUAUAGAUACAGAAGAUAUUUCUCCAGAUAUAAAUGAUGAGUUGCCAUUUUGUGAAAUAUGCAAUGAGGAUGCCAAAGUUCGCUGUAAAGGUUGCAAAUACUUGUACUGUAUAAGAUGUUUCAAUGAACAUAAAGACGAAGAUUGUAAUGAAUAUGAAAUUUAUAAUGCACCAAAAUAGACUAUUACAUUGUAACUUUAUUUUUUUUUAUAGAAUAU